AGAUGCGAUGUUUCGAUGCUUUACGUUAUCGUUAUUGCUACCUGUGAUAAGCAGUGAUAUGUUGUAUACGAAUGAUAUAAAUCGUAUACAACCAUUUUGUAAUGAUGAUGCUGAUAAAUGCAACUAUGCAGCUACUUCAGUUCUAUUUCCAAAUCCGGAAAUCAAUAAUGUAAUUCCGAGUCAUUCUGUUUCCGUAAUGGAAAUUAAUCAACAAAUAUCAUUGUAUAAUUUAUGGUCUUAUCUGCUCUAUCGAUGGAGUAUUGUGCUAUAUUUUGUACCAUUGAUCGUUAUAAUAUUAUGUAAAUGUAAAAUAAUUAAUUGUGAUGUACGACUUAUUUACGGUAAUAUGCCGGAUGAUUUUAUGUAAUUCUUUCUUUUUUUUUCCAUUUUCUCAUAACUGAUAGCUUUUUUUUUUUUUUUUUUCUCAUUAUUUUCAUAAUUUGUC